UUAUCGAAUCAUGGCGAGAAUGAGGAGUCUCCUCGCACCUCAUUACAGAGUGAAAUCCUCCUUUCGCAACAACUCGAGCAAGAACUUGCAGAAGAAUAUAGGCCAAUCAGCCCUUUGACUCCUACAAACGUACUUCCAAAACGCAAACCUAUCGCAAACGCUUCUCGUCACGAGAACUCCGCAUUGAUCCCGACGGAGUCUGCAUCGGGAGGCAUUGAAGUCUCCUCUGAAAUCCAGAACAUCUCAAGAACGCCGAAAAACAUGCAUCGAGAAACCGCACUCGACCUGUACGUGAACGUAUCGGAAUAUAUGCGUUGGUCAUCGCAACAAUUUCGACCAUAUGUCUCCUGGCUGCGUUGAUGUUCCUGGCAUGGAUGUGGUUCGGAGAUCGUUCCUCAUCCACCUGGCGUCAUAUUAUGCUGAACGACUUCGCGAAACAAGCUGUGACCAUUUCCGCACUUGUUCUCCGGACCGCCAUUGCAUGUUUGGGUGGUGUUGCGACUGCCAUGAUAGCAUCCAUCUCGAUCGAGCACCAUGGACUACCUUUGAAGGACGUGGCUCAGGUGUCCAUUGCGCGCUUCAGUAACUCUGGUCCUGACGCAUUCUGGAGAUCGAUGCUGUUUCGGAAUACCUUCAUUGAGAUGCCUUUUCGCCUGCUGCUUAUUCUAGUGUUUCUGACCACCUUGGGCUCUCAGUUCACGUCAACUAUACUUCUUUCAGACCUCGGACAAGGCACAGUCAUCACUCCAUCAACCACGUCGACCAACACUUCAGGCUUUUCCUACGCAGACGCCGAAUACGACGCGCAUACGAUCGAAGUUGAGAAUGCAAACUCCCCAUUCUAUACAACUCCUAACUACUGGACCACUGACCCUACGGUAUUUCAAUCUUUCGCAGAAUAUUCCGAGGCAGGCUAUACGUCCGAUGGCCUUGACGACACUGGCCUGACACUCCGAGCAUUCCUUCCAUUUGCCGACGCGACUGCCAGACAGUCGGUUCGAGAAUUCCAAGGUUUGGCCACAGUCUUUGACACACGCAUCGUGUGCACUCGUCCGCAGAUGAGCAGGUUAAAGAUGGCGAUGGUCGACAACGACAUAACUGGCUACACAGCGGUCUCUAUGACGGGCAAUCUCACCACUAAUGCUUCCUUACCGGGUUUAGCAGCCACCCAGCCUGUUGUGUCGUUCGAGUGCCCGUUAGCUGCGCCAUUUGUAAAUGACUCCAAUUUAUCCGCAAAGAAUCCCGGUACUUACUGGUCAGUAUGUCCGCUGAACACCUCCGCCGGAGGUCUCCCGUCUGUCCUCGACCCAAUGAACGAUGCUGGGAUGGAAUUGAGCUACACUGAGAGCGAUUUCGGCAGUGUCGGUCAACAUGGGAAGCUUCUUAGUAGAGGAGGUUUCUGGCAAGCUAAAGAUGUGUCGAAAAACUACUACUGGAUCGUUGACAUCGGAAAUGCAUAUCUGGUACACAAUGGUGCAGCGGUUGGCGGUGGAAUCCUCAAAAAUAGUGGUGGUGCCUACUGGCUAUCUACGCCGUCUGCAGGAGCAUGGGCCGAUAUUGAUUAUCAGGGGGCAGCCGACGGAGCUGAUGAUCCUGUGGAACUCGACCCAACAUGCUCAGUCGACGAAUGCUGGAAAACAAGUUUCCGCAUGUCCCUUUGUUAUGACGCCUUGCCUGUGCCGGUCGACUACGACUCUAUUCAAGAAUUCAAUAUCACAGCGUCCGCAGCGACACCGCGCACCGAGCCCUCUCUACAAUACAACCGUAGAAACCUGCUUUUCCCCACUGACUCGAUCAGCACACAACUUGAUAUCCUGGCCGGGGUCGCUCGCCAGCGCAAGUUCUGGCAGAGACAGAUGCACCAAGCGAAUCCCAACUACACAGAGCCAAACCCCAACGACUUGAAAGACCUAUUCCACAGCACGACAUACUCGUGGAUCACGCCGAUGGUCUUCUACUCACUACUACAGCCGCUGGCCAUGUGCGCAGGGUGCGCGGGGGAGUUGUCGAAUUUCAUGCAAGGUUCCACGGUCACUUCGACGCUGUUCACCGACACGAUAAGCGCCACCAAUUCUCCAGCGCUGGCUCUUCAGGCUGUUCUGACCACGAUGUUGCGUCAGGCGUACUAUUCGUUUCUGCCGACAUUCGACGCAGAAUCCAAUGUCACAGUCUCAAGUUUCCAGCCCGCGCAGAUCCCGGUGCGGACGAGAGGUUUCUGGGCGGUGCUGGGAAUCACUGUUGCGCAUUUCGUGCUUUGUCUUGUUGCACUCGUCGGGUUCAUUUCAUUUACUCAUGUGAGUUCUUUGAAGAAUGCGUGGCAGGUCAUGGCGGAUAUCUCGGAGAGUCCGGAGACUGUGGCAAUCCUGCGCAACGUUGGGGGGUAAGACUGAUGGGCAGGUCGCCGAGAGCAUCGAGAAGGACGAGUCGCUGAGACACAGACGGUUCCGGGUGCGUGGAAGGACUGAUGCCACGAAUUGACGAGCAGCACCAUCUGCAGCAUCGUCGGUGCCGCACUAUGAAGUGGCCCCUAUGCACACUCGGCGUUAGAACGACUGGCACUAGGUAGCAGCCUGACAAUACCACGACCUUGCCGGAAGUGAUUUCCAAGUAUGGCCACUCUGCAGUACAAGGCACGAUGCUUCCCAGAAGGCUUCAGCCUUGACCGCCAGUACCUGCAAGACGCGCCGACUUC